AUGGUAUACUCUUUUGAAGGAAACCGCCAGGAUCAUCUUUACGAGAAAAAUGCUAAAGUAAUAUUGGUUGAAGCUGGUGGAACAUUGGAAAUACACGGCGAGCCUCGGCUUUCCUGGACCAAACUUAACAAGACGCUCCUUCCACCAAAACAAACAAAUGAUGUAUAUUUUGAUCAUAAGUUGAUGGAGGAAUAUAAGAAUUACACCGACCAUGGAGUUAUUGCCUACACUCUCAAUGUUACUGGUACUGAGGUAACAGUAGUGAAGUUCGGUCUUUACGGCCUCCGACUAGAUAGCGAAAAGCUCGCCGACCAAAUUAACAAUGUUCUAGAUGGCCAGGUUUUAAUGAUGGCGGGGCAGGAAAAGAUAAUCAGGAAAGAAGGCGAUAAACAAAAUCCAGCUGCCUACGAAGCAAUUGAGACGCUUGUGAAUGGAAAUGUUACUGGCACAGGCAUAUUACGAUCGGUAUUACCUGAUGGAGAUACUUGGGCAUUCAUUUAUAAGAAAGGUACACCUGACAGUUACAGAGAACUUACUAUGCCUUUCGGAACUACCUCAUCUGUACAGUAUAUCGAAAGCGAUAAUUUGAUAUUCACUGCUGAGUCUGUGGGUGCUGCUACCACAAACAAACAAACGGUUUCCUUCCAGGUAGCCAAUAUCAAUGCUUUUAACCCGUUUAUUCAUCUGAUAGAUGACGUCACUACGUGGCGUCCAGGAGACAAGAUAGUGAUAGCGUCUACCGAUUAUGCUUGGGAGCAAGCAGAGGUGAGGAAAGUAAUAUUCUGUCCAACAUGCAACAACUAUCAAAUCAGGAUCGACAAACCUUUGAACUUCAUGCAUUAUGGGAAGGUUUUACACAACGCCCUAGAUAUGCGAGCUGAAGUUGCCUUGUUGUCGCGAAAAGUGGUGAUACGCGGAGAAAUGGAACCAGAAUGUCCAGCAUUUAACGAAAACUGCGACCAUAAAGAAAUUUUCGGUGACACAUUUGGAGCAAAUACAAUGUUUGUGAAGAAUUUUAAAGAUGUUCAUAUAGAAAACAUAGAAAUUUACAAUGCUGGACAACAGACGGAUCUAGGACGGUAUCCUUUUCAUUUUCACAUGUGCUUUGGAAGAGAACCAGGUGCCUCUGCACCAUAUAUCAAAGGUUGCAGUAUACACGACACGUUUGCUAGAUGUGUAACCAUUCACGGAACACACGGUGUCUUGGUUAUGGACAAUACAUGUUAUAACCAUAUGGGUCAUGGUUAUUAUUUGGAGGACGGCGGUGAGCAGAACAACACUUUGGAUGGUAAUCUAGCAUUACAUACCAUGAGGGGAACUGGUAAACUUGAACCGAGUGAUGCUGAUUUGCCAGCGGGAUUUUGGAUCACUAAUCCUCUUAACUCUAUCCGGAACAACAAUGCCGCCGGUGGAAAAGGAUUUGGUUUAUGGUUUAUUUUUCCUCAGGAACCAUUCCCUCCAUCGCGAGAGUACAAUCUCAUGGGACCAUUUGAAGCAAGAAGAACACCACUCCGCGAGUUCACUAAUAACGUCGGACAUUCAAAUGACUUUUUUGGUAUGAAAAUCGGUGGCAGACUUUUGGAAGGACGGAUAGUUAAUUGUUGUAAUAUGUGGAAACCCCGCAGUGAUCCAAAAGACAAUGCUUCGGAAAUCAUAGUGUCACACUUCUCACACUUAACCGGUUACAAGAACACCAAAUUCAAUAUUUGGCUUGAAGGCGCUCUACUCAACUGCACAAGACUUUCUAUGUCAGACAGUCUCAAUGGAGUUAUCAAUUCAAACGAAAGACUACUUAAACUUGCCGGCUGGGUAAGCCAUUCUGUUGUUAUUGGUGACAGCGAGAAUGUUGGGUUGCCAGCAGAAGGAUUCGACAGAAGUAUGCCUAAAACAAGAACGACAAAACCUCAUUCUGGAAUAACCAUGUGGAGAGGCCCGGUACAGUACUCUGAUAUCUGGUUUGACGGAUUCAAGUCGAACCAGGAGUACGAUAUGGGGGCUAUUGCAAAGAAGAGGGGUGAUCGGUACUACUUCUCAAUAACAAAUUCGUACAGAGACAUACUGUUUGGAUUUGAUGACGCGGAAGGCGAAGGCAAUUAUGCAAUUACCGGUACACCAAAUGAUCGCGGUUGGGAAGGCAGUGCCGAUGGUGAACAAGUUGCUGGUUUUACCUGGUUCCGUGAUACGCCGAAUGGGAAAGAGAAGUGGUACGUGGUUAGACCUGAUCCCUUAUCCUCGGCAGGCGCAGACUGUCGUUUGAGACCACACUGGAGACUGGCACUCUGUAAAACAAAAUAUGGAAAUUUCCGAGUUAACGGGAAUUUCUUCCCCACGGGUGCUCGUGGAAUAUAUGUGCGUGAUGAAUAUCCUGGAGCUCAGCUUGAAUUUGUACUGGAGAAAAGUGGAGGACCACAAGUUCCAAUGGACGGGAGUCAAACGUACACGUUUCAUACAGUAGGCUUGGUUCCAAAGUGGCUGCACUUUAUAGCGGAAGGAAUAGAAGUGGGUGACAUACUGAGAUUUGGAGUCUGUAUACCACCCGGAGCAGAAUGGAAACUUCGCAGCAAGUUCCCAUUCCAGGAGUUAAAAGAACAUGAAAAUUUCAUAGAAGUUGAUUCACUGGAUGAACUCGACAAGAAAGAUCCGGAGAAGGACGGAAAGAAGUUCUUCUUUGACAACAGCACUGGGUAUUACUUUGCUAAUCUCGUUAACUUUACAAAUAAAAUGUUGUGUCUAUUCAAAAUCUCCUAUUUUUGAAACGUCAUGUUUCCA